CAUCUUAUCCCCUCUUACAAAAAAAAUUAACCCAAACAAUUUUGACAGCAAUAUCCCAAACUAAACUAAGUUUUAUCGCAUUAAUAAAAUGGAUUUAGAGCUAGAUGACGAAACGAAUAUCCUAGAUUUAAACGACUACGAGUUAUUAGAAGUGUUAAAAUACUUAAGCGCAACCGACUUGUGGCAAAUAAAUAAAACUUGUCUCCGAUUUAAUUAUUUAAUCCGAUCGAGGAAUUUAUGGAAACGCGUUGAAUUGAGAGACGCCCCGCAUUGCGAGGAAAAAAUUAAAUUCGCCUUUGAUCACAUCGGGGAAGCAACGAAAGAUGUACGAUUAUGCGCCGAGGAAAGAUUUAUGGAAGUUCUACCCCCGCAAUUCGAAACUUAUUUACGUCCAACGAUUUUAACCGUUUUAGCAUUGGAAAAUCAGAAGAUUAAUGGCGAAAAUGUUAAAUUGAGGGAUUUUCCUGAUACUUUAUUAGAAUUAAGUUUAAAAAAAACUUUUAUUAUUAAAGGAAGAUUAUUUUUUGAACGAAGUAAUGAAAGAAUGGUUAAUUUAAAAGUCGUUAUUUUGGAUCAUUGUUUUUGGUUAGAAUCGAUAAUGUUAGUUCAUAUGAGUAAAUACGAAUCUCUCGAAUAUUUAUCAUUGUAUAAGUGCAAAAGAAUGUGCGAUACUGAUAUGGCUUAUAUAAGUUUAGCGGGGAGAUUUGGUUUUAAUAAGUUACGAGUUUUGGAUUGUCGCUUUUCAGGGUUAGGGGACCAAGUGUUGCGAGUGCUUUACACAAAACCUCAUUUGCGCGAAAUUUAUUUCGAAAAUUACUUAACAAGCUUUUACUUAGAAAAAGCACGAAGAGAAUUGGAAAUAACCAACGGAGAUACCCCCAAAAAAUAUUCGUAUUUAGCCCAAUAUGAUGAUAUCAUGAUGUUUGAACAACGAACGAUUCAAUAUUAUUUCGGGAACAUCAUUUACUGCAAAAAAGGAAAUUUUGAUGCGGUUUCCGAUGAUGGAACUUUAGUUUACCGAUUCACUGAGCCUUUUAAAGAUGAAACUUUAUCAUAUAAAAGUGUAUUAUAUGAACACCCCUACAAAAAAUGCCAAUGUGAAAAUAAAAAUAAAACGACGGACAAUUUAAUGAAAAAUAAAGGUCCUACAAAUAAAAUGAAAAGUUUAAAAAAACGCGGGAUGCUCCGAAUUGAAGAAGUAAUCCACCAAGAAAUCGAAAAAGCCACUUCGAGCACCACGCGAAUUAAUCAUUUAUUAUCGUUACCCCGCCCAACAAAUACCAAAACCCCCCCACCAAACGUUGAUAUCAACUCCGAAGCGAACAUUAAUAACCACUUUUAUACCUGGAUUCACCACCGAGAACCGAGGAACCACUACGAAAUGGCUAUGUUUGAAAAUUCCGAUUUAAACCCUCCGCUACAUAGCUGCGAAGAAUUCGUAUUUUUCUUAAACGAUAAUAAUAAUCCUGGAGAAUCAUCUAAUAACAAUCAAAACGAUGCUAGUUCGAAUUUAAAACGUAAAAGAAAAAAUUCCGACUCUGAUGACACCGAAAACGUAGGUAAACGAAAGGAUAAUCAAGACGCUAAACCGAGGGAGUUGUACGUUUUAGUCGACGCGAUGGUGAAUCGAUUCGGCGCCCCAACCAAACGGCAAGUUGGAUUAAAAAUGAUUUCUUUGCGCGGAUUUAAACGAAUUACGGAUAAAACGUUGGAGAGUUUGGCCCACUUGGAUUUGGAAUUACUUGAUGUGACGUUUACGAGAGUUACAGAGGAGGGAUUGAAAGAUUUCGCACUUUUAAACCCGAAUUGUCGGGUUGUACAUGAAAGUUCGUGUCGAUGUAGACCUGAAAUGCAUUUUUAAUUAAUAAAACUAUUUAAAAACU